AGCCUGCAGAGCGGCGGAGGCAACCCAAUGGUCGCGGCGCUGUUUGGCUGCUGGUUCCGCGUGGGCGGGGCCCGCCCUGGGGUGUCCGGCCCGGUCAUCCCAGUCGGCCCGGUCAUCCCAGUCGGCCCGACUGUGGUACAGACCUCCAUGAGCCGGUCCCAGGUAGCCCUGCUGGGCCUGGGCCUGCUGCUCAUGCUGCUACUGUACGUGGGGCUGCCAGGCCCCCCUGAGCAGACCUCCUGGCUCUGGGGAAGCCCCAAUGUCACAGUCCUGGCUGGUCUCACCCCUGGCAACUCCCCCAUCUUUUACCGCGAGGUGCUGCCGCUCCACCGGGCACGCAGGGUGGAGGUGGUGCUACUCCACGGAAAGGCCUUUAACUCCCACAUGUGGGAGCAGCUGGGCACACUGCAGCUGCUGGCGCAGAGGGGCUACCGGGCCGUGGCCCUUGACCUCCCAGGUUUUGGGAACUCGGCACCUUCCAAGGAGGCAAGCACAGAGGCAGGGCGGGCGGAGCUGCUGGAGCGAGUGCUGCGAGACCUGGAGGUGCACAAUGCCGUAUUGGUGAGCCCCUCUCUGAGUGGCCACUACGCCCUGCCCUUCUUGAUCCGAGGCCACCACCAGCUGCGUGGAUUUGUGCCCAUUGCACCCGCCUCCACCCAGAACUACACCCAGGAACAAUUCUGGGCCGUGAAGAUCACCACGCGCAGCGCCAUGGCCAGCGAAGGUCGCGAGGGCGAGCACCCGUCCGUGACACUCUUCCGCCAGUACCUGCGCAUCCGCACCGUCCAGCCCAAGCCCGACUACGGCGCUGCCGUGGCCUUCCUUGAGGAGAGAGCCCGCCAGCUGGGCCUGGGCUGUCAGAAAGUGGAGGUGGCACCUGGCCAUGUGGUGACCAUUCUGACGUGGCCAGGCACCAACCCCAGACUCUCCUCCAUCUUACUCAACUCCCACACCGAUGUGGUGCCUGUCUUCAAGGAGCACUGGAGUCAUGACCCCUUUGAGGCCUUCAAGGAUGCUGAGGGUUACAUCUACGCCAGGGGUGCCCAGGACAUGAAGUGUGUCAGCAUCCAGUACCUGGAGGCUGUGAGGAGGCUGAAGGCUGAGGGCCACCAUUUCCCCAGAACCAUCCACAUGACCUUUGUGCCAGAUGAGGAGGUUGGAGGUCACCAAGGCAUGGAGCUGUUUGUGCAGCGGCCCGAGUUCCAGGCCCUGAGGGCUGGCUUCGCCCUGGAUGAAGGCCUGGCCAACCCCACCGAUGCCUUCACUGUCUUUUACAGUGAGCGGAGCCCCUGGUGGGUGCGGAUCUCGAGCACCGGGAAGCCAGGCCACAGCUCAUGCUUCAUCGAGGACACAGCAGCGGAGAAGCUGCACAAGGUCGUGAGCUCAAUCCUGGCUUUCCGGGAGAAGGAGAGGCAGAGGCUGCAGUCAAACCCCCAACUGAAGGCAGGGGCUGUGACCUCCGUGAACCUGACCAAGCUAGAGGGCGGCGUGGCCUAUAACGUGGUACCUGCUACUCUGAGCGCCAGCUUUGACUUCCGUGUGGCACCGGAUGUGGACCUGAAGGCUUUCGAGGAGCAGCUGCAGGGCUGGUGCCGGGCAGCUGGUGAGGGGGUCACCUUGGAGUUUGCUCAGAAGUGGACGGAGUCCCGAAUGACAUCUAUUGAUGACUCAGACCCCUGGUGGGCGGCAUUUAGCGGGGCCUGCAAGGACAUGAACCUCACGCUGGAGCCAGAGAUCUUCCCUGCUGCCACGGAUAGCCGCUACCUCCGUGUGGCGGGGGUCCCCGCGCUGGGCUUCUCACCCAUGAACCGCACACAUGUGCUGCUGCACGACCACGAUGAGCGGUUGCAUGAGGCCGUGUUCCUCCGUGGGGUUGACAUAUACACGCGGCUACUGCCUGCCCUGGCCAGCGUGCCUGCCCUGCCCAGUGACGGCUGAGUCCCAGGAGCGUCCACCAGACCAGUGUCAAGGACCCCUCUGCCCCCCGCCCAACAAUAAAGUCUGUGUGUGGACAGAGGCC